UUGUAUUAUUGAUCUUUAGAGUAGGAACUCAAACGGUUGGUGUAAAAAUCAUAGUUCUAGCAGCCUAUCUCUAGUAUUUGUGUGUAUAAUGGUCGAUCUCUUGUUCUAGGGUAUGAAUCCCCCUUAUAUGGGUUGUUCGUAAGCGGCAAUCAACAAGUUAGAAACUUCCAUACUUUGAAAUAUAGAAUAAUUUCUUUUACUAGAAUUCUUCCAUUUUACCUAGAUGUAGAAAUGAAGCCAAGUUUGAGCCGAAAUUUCUUCCAUGCAGGAAUCAGAAGGUCGGCGUUCUGCUCGAAAACAUGAGUAAUGCCUUCUUAAAUUGUUUAUUCCCAACAAUAACAAAUUGUUUGAUGUACGAUUGAAAGUUCUAAACAAAAUAUUAUUUUCAGAUGACACCAAAAAUUUUGGUUGUUUUUCAAAAAUGAUCAUUGUAAAUAAUAUUAUGUUUGUUAUAUAUAUCAUUUGAUAAAUUACAUUAAAAAUAUUAUUAAUAAAAUGAAUUUAAGGUGAGAAGGUAAUCAUUUAAAUGAUGCCAUAAAACAUUAUUUAUUAACCAAUUUCAAUAAUUUUUAAACUAGUAAAACAUCAUAGUUUGAAACAUCUUCUAAAACAUUUUACAUUGUGAAAGGAAGGCGUACCUUUUGUUUGUUGGUCAAAGAUUGUUCUUAUUUUCUUUGGAAAUGAUUAAGCGCCGUCUAAAUGUCCAACUAGUUUAUGUUUCAUCAUACCUAUAACAACAGAGUUAAAACAAGUAAGAACUGGAAUACGUUAGCACUGAUGUGGCCAUACCCUAAUAAAAGAGGGUGAUGAGAUUACUUGCAAAACAGGUUAUUGCUCCCAUGAAUUUAGCUGAAAAUCUUUAAAUAGGUAGGGGUAUAGCGUAAACAAAGGCUUAAAAAGAAAACAGAAAAUUCCUUUAUAUUUUCAAUCCAAAUCUCUCUCACCUCUUGCGGAAAAGAAAAAAAAACUUAAGCCUCAAGAAAUCAAUCCACAAAAUCAAUUCGACAAAAACCUUUUUCCUGCUCUCAAUCUCUUUUUCAUCCCAUAUGUUGCUUCCGUGAGUGAUAUCUUUUCUUUGGAAAGAAUGGGAAGAAACAUCUGAGGAUUCAUUGAUAACCAGACAUAAUAUAUUAAAACCAAGAAAAUAUAUAUAUAUUUGUGUGUGUGUCUAAAUGAUGAAAUAGCAGAUUGAGAGCAAGAAAGAGGUACAUAGGCGAUAACCGCAAUGGAGAUACAGAGAAUGAGGCAGCUGAUGUCCCUUUGGUCUAAUUUGAAGAGCAGCCGUGUUUCUCUAACUGGUGGAAAUCAUACAGCCGCUAGGUUCUGCACUCGCUAGACUCGCCUUUCUCUCUUCCUUCUCUCUUCUCUCUUUUCUUCUUUUACCUGUUUUCUCUUCUUAUAAUUCCUUUUAAUUCUCUAUUAGCUUUCUCUUCUCUUUUUCAUCUUCUUUAACUUUCAACUGCACUUUUGGGGCGCUCUCUUCGUCUCACCAAACAUAAAAAAAAAUGGUGUUUGUUACUGUCCAUGACUUUCACUCCAUGUGCCAAAAGCAUUGUCACUACCUCUUGAAAAAAAGAGAACAUUCAAGCUCUUCUCUGGGCUCUGCAGAUUCUUUCUUCAAGGCUUCUCGUUCUGAAGUCUUGACUCUUUUUAUGAGAUCAAUGCUUUUGGCUUUGUUGUUUCUUUCGUUUACUUGGUUGAGUCUCCUGAAGUGUGAAACUGAUUCGACCGCUGCAUCUAAGUUGGUUGAAUCUGACCAACAUGAGCUAUUAUUGCCUUUGCUUCUGAAUGAUUUAGAGAAGGAAGGUCUGUUUAAGCUUGGGGAUAAAGCCCUCCUACUUAGUGGAGGAGAUGAUGAGGUCACGGUUACUUCAUACUCUCAAACAGUUAUCGAAACCGAGGUGCUUUUCGUAUCUGCAAGCGAUGAGGAGACGCAGAGUAGGGUCCCAAGCGAGACCUUUGAUUUUGCAUUUGCACAUUCUCGUCACAUUGACUCUGCUGAGUUUCUAGACCGGGCUCUCAAAGUCGGCGGCAUCCUCACCGUCCAGAUCAACCUCCAGGAUCUUCCUCCAAACUUCUUGGAACACUUAAACUACGAAAUAGUCUACAUGAAGAGCUCCGAGUACACGGUUAUGGCGAUGAGGAAAACAGAGGGAAAACAGGAGGGCACAGUGGCCCCCGGGAGAAAGCUUCUCGCUAUCACAGAAGAAGAGGCCAAGAAAAAAGCUUUGAGUAAGCUAGAGGAUGUUCUCCUUGAACCACCAAGAGCAGCUUCGAGGAAAUCAAGAACCUACUUGAAACGGACAAGGUACCUCCCAGACCUUAUGGGGGACACCAUGGACCUGGGGAGUUACUCAAGGCGAGUAUUUAUCGAUGUGGGUAAUGGAAAAGGAAGCAGUGGAACAGAAUGGUUCGUUAAGAAUUACCCAACAAGGAACCUCAAGUUUGAGAUGUACAAGAUUAAGACAGUGAACGAUGAGAUGAGCCUAGAAUCUGAAAAUAUGGGGAUGACCGAGUGGCUCAAAGAGAAUGUGAAGGAGGAGGAAUACGUGGUGAUGAAGGCAGAGGCUGAAGUGGUGGAGGAGAUGAUGAGGAGCAAGUCCAUAAAAAUGGUGGAUGAGCUUUUCUUGGAGUGCAAGCCAAAGGGUUUAGGGCUAAGGGGAAGGAAGAUGCAGAGUAAGAGUGGUAAGGCUUAUUGGGAGUGUUUGGCUCUAUAUGGCAAACUUAGAGAUGAAGGUGUUGCGGUGCAUCAAUGGUGGGGUUGAAGUUUAAGAACAUGGAGACAGACCUGAGAGAGAUUAUCCAUCAAUACCAGUCUCUUCUUAUUCUAUUAUUCUAUUUUAUGUUUUCUUUCUUUGUCGUCAGUUUUUAUUUUGUUUUGUGUCAUCUUAUGAUCAUCAAUGUAAUGUUGUUCUGUUUGAAGUAUUUUGUGGUGUUGUAAGUUUGGGGAUCUAAUGAGCUCAAUUAAAUAUCUUUAGU